AGUUACUAAAAGUUACGUCAAACAAUAACAUAACCUGUAAAAAUAACAGGAUUAUAAACAAAUAUUAAAAAUUAUAUAAAAUGAGGCUAACCCAAGCAUUUUUUACGAAAGUUGGUGAUUUAACCAAACAAUUUUCUAAUCUACCUGAAUCAUAUAUUAAAAGAAGUAUGGACCAAGUUCAUUGGAAAACCCCUCGUGGUAGACCGUUUCAAUAUUUAUCAAAAACUGUGGAACGAAAAAAUUUUCGAUUUACUACUAACAGACCAUGGACUGCUCAGUUUCGUCAACAAAAUCAACCAGGCUUACGGCGACCUAAAGUAUUUGUGGAGCCUAUUAAAGAAUGGUCAUUUUUUCGUGGUGAUCGAGUUGAAGUAUUAAUUGGACGCGAUAAAGGUAAACAAGGAAUAAUUAAACAAAUAAUUCAAGAAAGAAAUUGGGUUAUAGUUGACGGAUUAAACACUCAUUUGAGAACUAUUGGUAAAGAUAAAGAUUUUCCCGGCAUAUUAAUACGAUCAGAAGCACCCUUAUUAGUUACAAGUCAAGUAAAAUUAGUUGACCCUGCAGAUUUGAAGUCCACAACUAUUGAAUGGCGUUACACAGAGCAAGGUGAAAAAGUACGGGUUUCUACAAGAACUGGAAGAAUAAUACCAAUUCCAAAACUGGCUGAAGAAACUUAUGAUUAUAAAACAAAGAAUGCUUAUAAAGGAGCCGAGAAAGAUACAACAUCUGAAGCUGUAACAGAAGUAACAUUUCAACCAAAAUUACUUACUUUUGAAAUGGAAAUUAUGAAAGAAAUGGGUAUUGAAGAAGAUCGAAUUCCAUCCAAAACCUAUUGGUAUUAAACGCCGUAUUGAUUGAAUUGUAUUUAUUAUUUUAAUUGUUUGUAAAUACAUACUUUAUUUUAACAUUGAUGAUCAAUAAAUAUUA